CUGGAUGUUAACAAUAUAUAUCCCUCAAUAAAUUUAGAAUUAAUUUUAAAUUCACUAUCCUACACAAGAAGCCCAGAUUGGGUUAAUCAAUUAGUAAAAUUAGUGUUAAAUAGCAACUUUUUUGAAUUUCAAGGUAAAUAUUAUCAACAAUCGGAAGGUAUUCCAAUGGGAUCUUGCAUAGGUCCUAGAUUGACAGAGUUGUGUAUGAUCAUAAUUGAUAAAGAAAUCAAUAAAACUCGAGGUGUAAUAAUUUAUCAAAAAUAUGUAGAUGACUGUUUCAUUGUCUAUGAUAAAAGCAUACUAGAUAUUGAUUCUUUUGUUAAUGAAAUUAAUUUAAUAAAUAAAAAUGUUCAUUUCCAAUGUGAAAAAGAAAUAGAUAAUAGUCUGAAUUAUUUAGAACUUACUAUAGCUAGAUUAAAUAGUAAAUUAUUAUUUAAAAAGUAUGUUAAAGAUUGUGAUAUCGGUAAAGUUAUACACUUCAAAUCUAAUAUACCUUUAUAUAUAAAAAAGAAUGCUUUUAAGAUGUAUAUCAACAAAAUUAAAGAGAGAAUGACCUUGCAAAAUAAUCAAGAAAUGGAAAUAGAAAUUAUAAUAAGAAUGUUUAGCUUAAAUAAUUACCCUAGAACAUUAUUAUUAAAGUGGUUAGAAACAAGUAAAAGGAAAAGAGAAAGUGUCAUAUUAAAUAGACAACCAGGAGUUGUUAAGACUUUGUAUCUUAAAAUGGAAUAUGUUUUUGGUGUUUUUGAAAAAUUAAAAAAUGAAUUUAAAAAUUUAGAUAUUAUUUUAGUGCCAAACCUUACAAGAACCAUAGCAAAAAUGAUUAACAGUAAAUAUAAAAAUAAUAAACAUAUUUAGAAAAAGAUAAUAUAGUUUAUUCAUUAGAUUGCAGUUGUUCACAUAAAAAAGAUACAUUGGUGAAACUGGUAGAAAAU